UUGGCUUCCAGCGCAUGCGCAAAUGUACGCAAAGCGAAGCAAUAAGAGGAAGACCGUAGGCUGUGGUUUUCCAGAGUCUUCGAAUUCACGAUCUUAAUGUCACAUAUCAACACAUUUCUCAAUUUGCAUUUUCCAAAGCCGCGGAACGUGCAUUGAGUUUGGAGCGAUAUCUGAAGUGAAGAUUGAAGACGUGAUAGAAGAUGGACGACUACUGCUAUGCUAAGAUGGCGACGUCAUGUCAAAGAGAAAGUGAAAGAGAAUCAGAAACUUCCAGCAAAUCACCAACGGAGAUAAAGACCAAAGAUGAAGACGUCCAGCAGCUGAUGGGUAAUCCAGAAGAAGUUUCCCCUCAGUCAGGGGGGAGCUCCACUUUGAAGCAGGAGACUCCACAACCACCCUGCAUUAAAAAGGAAGAGGAGGAACUCUGCAUCACUCAGGAGGGAGAGUGUCUUCUAGGACGAGAGGAAGCUGAUUACACCAAGUUUCCACUGACUGUUGUCUCUGUGAAGACUGAAGAUGAUGAAGAGAAACCACAAGUAGACAACCUCUUAGCUCCACUAUCAGAUAGUGAGGCUGAAGACGAGGUUGAAGAACCUUUGAGCAGCGAUACAGACUGUGAAGGUGAUAUGAGGACUCACACUGACAACAAACACUCUGAAUGCUCUUCAAAGAAGAGAGGUAAAACAUGUUUGAGCUGCUCAGUUUGUGCUAAAAGCUUUUCUGUUAAGAGGUAUUUGACUCAACACAUAAAAACACACACAGGUGAAAAACCAUUUAAUUGUUCAGUUUGUGGUAAACGCUUUCCUCAAAAUUGCCGUUUGACUCAACACAUGAGAACACACACUGGUGAUAAACCAUUUAACUGUUCAAUUUGUGGUAAAAACUAUUCUUUAAAGAGCCGUUUGACUCGACACAUGAGAACACACACAGGUGAAAAAACUUGUAAUUGUUCAGUUUGUGGCAAAAUCUUUUAUCGAAAUACCUCUUUGACUGAACACAUGAGAACACACACAGGUGAAAAACCAUAUAAGUGUGCAGUUUGUGGCAAAAGCUUUUCUGUUAAGAGCCAUUUGACUCGACACAUGAGUACACACGCUGGAAAAAAAACAUUUAGUUGUUCAGUGUGCUGUAAAAGGUUCGCACAUAAUGCAGCCGCAGUAAAACACAUUAGAACACACAUGGAAAAUAAUCAAUUAGCUGUUUAGUUUGUGGUAUGUUGCUCAUAUGUGGCGACAUCCACCCUACCCAGGACCUCCUCACUGCUUCUUUCACAAAUAUCUGAGGUAUUCAUACAAACUUGGAUUAUUUGGAGCAUAAUCUUAUCCACUCAUGUCCCCAUGUCUUCUCUGUAUCUGAAACCUUCCUGAACAGUAAGAUAGAUGAUGCUUCAAGUGCUUGGUUACUCCUUCUUCAGUCCAGGGACCUGGGGCCUCAUGUGUCAAGUUUGUGCACACUCAAAAACCUGCACUACACCCUUUUUCACGGCCAAGUUGAGAUGUAUAAAAACUGACGUUGACGCAUAAGUGAUGCUGGGUAACUGUUUGCAUAACAAAGUGCCAACUUUUACUCCUCAGACUGAUUGAUGUGCAAAUCCGGUCCAUGAGAUGAGUUAUUAAACUGUAAAGUUCAGCUGCAUUUUCAAAUGAAAUAAACUGCUGUUAUGAUCUUGUCCACUGGAUGUCGCAAUAGCAAUUCUGUUAGGCAAGCAAAUAGCAUAGCAAGUAUACCAAGCAAGAGGUACACAGAAAAGCGGGGCUGUGACUCCUCCCCCUCCAGCCAACGUAAAAGAGGAGUAAAAUAAUCAAUCAGUAACCCCACUUCAAAUGCAGCAUGAGACACUGCACACUGAUAUAGUUCUGUGAAAAUGAUUGUCUUCUGUGCAAAUGUAAAGAAAGUGAACAGUGUGUGAUUUACUGCAAUACUGUCACUCUUUCUACUUUUUAUUUGUGCUUUGUUGAAAUUGUUCACACAUUGCACUGCUUUUAUUUUUCUGUCAAUACACAUUAUGUCUAGAAGACAGGAAGUAACUCAACACUCUUGAAUAGUUUCUACCUCAGUGUGUAUGGUUUGUUGAGUUAGCACAGGAUUAAUAUGUGGAAAUGACAAAUGAGGUAGUUGAUCCAAAGAAUACAUUUUAAUUCAAGCUUUUUUUUUGUUUUUUGUUCAAUCCUAGAUGGGCUGUGACUUAAAUUGUAUUUGCUUUGUAGAAACAAUGAGAUUAAGUAGUUCAUUGUGUUCUUCAAGGUGUUUUUGAAAAUGCACCAAUUUGUUCCUCUAAAUUUUGAAGUGUUUUGUCGAGAGGAUUAUUUGUGAUAUGUACAUUUUCAGAUUGCGCUUGUUCUAUUUUAGGUCAAAGUAAAAUAAAGAAAUUAAUAUGAA